ACAACAUAGACUGCCGUAAAAAGAACCUGAUAGCUGAAUUGGCGGGACCUUGUGAUGUCGUCGAAAAAGACCAAAUCCGACCUCUUGGUCAAGACCAGGUUCCUGAACCCGAUACCUGCACCAGCAUGUCCUCCUCAAACGAUAGAGAUACCCACGGACCUGGCACGAAUGGGCAAAGCCGACUUGACCUCGGCAUAUGCGGCGAGCUUGCCCAUGCCCAUGAUGGUCGAUAGCGAGAUUGGGAUGCCGCUCGACCUGAACGCUUGUGCUGGGAUCUGGUGGGACGAGGUCGAUUCAGAAUUCAACCCCUUGAAACCUGUACCGAUCGACUCGCUACAUCCGGAUGACGCCGAGCUGCUGGAGAUGCCCGACAUCGUGCUAGGAGCGGGAGGGAGCGGGACUCAACACCAGCUACCGGGAACAGCAGGACGGCCACGUAUCAGAGUCGAGGAGACGUGGUUGAGAGGGACGACGUACAUGGGGAAGAACGAUGGAUCCAAAGCGCCGACGAUCGCUAGGGUGACAGAGACACAGGAGAUUGAGGUACCCGAUGCUUCCAUGCUCUCCCAGCUGCAAGCUAUCGAACGGUCCUUCUGGCAGCACGAGCAAUUUACCGACGAGAGCAUCAAGAAUAUCAGACAUCCGACCAAGAAGGGGGUGACUGCCGUUGAUGCCUUUGACGUUCUCCCGGAUGAGGACGUCUGGAGCGGACAUUACAAUCAGAUCAACUUUCCCGAAAGACCGACCGACAAGGAAUCCAACAAGAUCACCAACGAGCAACUUUUGGCCAGUAUCUUCCGACCACGGCAAGAUCCUAUCAAGGGUUUCCAAUCUUAUGCGCCUCUCGAGGAAGAUCUUCCGCAGUGGCACAAAGUCCGCCAUCAUGUGCUGCCCGGAGACGAGGAUAGGGAUUACACGAACGUUCAGUGGGAUCACGUCCGUCUGCCUUUCUUGAAAGAUUACGAAAUUGUGGAACAGGACAAACGUCAAGCCGGUGCGACGGAUCAGAUCAUCGUCUUGUCGUUCUGCGACGGCGAGCAGAUGGCUCAACAAGACGAGAUUGCCGGUACCAGCUCGGGAUCUGCCGGAAAUGCUUCGGGAUCUGCUAAUGGGGACAAGACUCCUAAAGUCGAAGAGGAUGACGAAGACGAUGAUGACGAUCUCUUUGGCGACAAAGAGGAAGAAGCAGAGGCCAAGAAGGAAGAAGUUGAAGACAUGUCGACUCGUGUAAAAGCCAAGGGCAAGGGGGUCUACUUCGUCGAAAUGUUCUCGACCGUCAACGUCAAGCGUAUGCGUACAACGACAAGAAAUUACCAACAGUUGGACGACAACUGGGACGCCCUCACGCUCGCUUACCAACAUCCGACGCAGAGACAACAAGGUCGGCGCGAAGAACACGCCAAGUUCCUCGAGCCAGAGUGGUUACAAGAAGAAUUGCACGCAGAGAUGCCGGAUCAGGACAGGGCAGGCGAGGCCAUGGGGGAUACCGCCAGAUUAUGAUGCGGCUGUUCAUGAGACCUUUUGCUCCCACGACGAUCUUGUAUAACGUGACAUCGUCAAUGAGAAUAAUGCAAUACAAUAAGCAAGACA